GUCCCCUCAGGCCCUUGGAAGACAAGGAAAAACCUCCCGCAGCCCCGGGCUCGCCCCCAGCGGGGCUGGCAUUGACCAGGAAGGCAGCCGAAACCUCCCCGCCCGCCACCCGCAGCUGCCCUCUCCCCAGGCCCGGCCAUGGGUAAAUUCCGCACGCUCUUCCAGCACCUCCAGUCCAGCUCCGAGUCGGUGAUGAAUGGCAUCUGCCUGCUGCUGGCCGCGGUCACAGUCAAGCUGUACUGCUCCUUCGACUUCAACUGCCCCCGCCUGGCGCGCUACAGUCCCCUCUACGGCCUGGGCUUGCUGCUCAAGCCCCCAGCCGCCCUUUUCCUCUGCAGCCUCCUGGCCAACCGGCAGCAGUCCGUGGUGAUGGUGGAGGAGUGGCGCCGGCCUGCGGGGCACCGAAGGAAGGACCCAGGAAUCAUCAGGUAUAUGUUCUCCUCUGUGCUGCAGAGAGCACUGGCCGCCCCCCUUGGCUGGAUCCUGCUGGCUCUCCUCGAUGCGAAGUGCUUCGUGUGUGCCUUCAGCAGCUCCGUGGACCCCGACAAGUUUCUAGACUUUGCCAACAUGACCCCCAGCCAGGUGCAGCUCUUUCUGGCCAAGGUGGCCUGCAAGGAAGAUGAGCUGGUCAGGGACAGCCCCGCUCGGAAGGCAGUGUCUCACUACCUGCAGUGCCUGUCACAGGCCAUCGGCUGGGGUAUCACCCUGCUGCUGAUCGUCGUGGCCUUCCUGGCCCGCUGUUUGAGGCCCUGCUUCGACCAGACAGCCCUCCUGCAGCACAGAUACUGGAGCAACUACGUGGACCUGGAGCAGAAGCUCUUCGACGAGACAUGCUGAGAGCACGCCCGGGACUUCGCGCACCGCUGCGUGCUGCACUUCUUCGCCAGCAUGCAGAGCGAGAUGCGGGCGCGGGGGCUGCGCCGGGACUCCGCGGGCAGGGGGCCGGAGACCCCUGAGAUGCCCGAGCCCCGCGAGGGCCUGGACGGCGGAAGCGGGAAAGCCCACCUGCACGCAGUCUCCAGUCAGGAGCAGGUGGACCUCCUCCUGAGCACCUGGUACUCCAGCAAACCACCACUUGACCUCAUGGCAUCUCCUGGGCUCUGGGGGUGGGGGUGGGGUGGCCCCAGGCACCAGGCCAUCCCAGCACACCGACGUGUAAGGACCCUGGCCGUGUCCCCACGUAAAAUGCCCGCUCUGACAAGGGUCUGAGGGCUUUC